AUGCCUGAUGUGAGAGACGUGUCGUGCGAUGACUCGGCGGUCGACUGUCACGCUGGUGGCGUUGUCCACCUGGAGCCAUGCCUUCCUGAGCUCCAGGAGGCUCCGCCGGAGAUCCCUGGCUGCCGUUCCGUUGCCCGUGGCAACCGCUGUCCCGUUGCCCCCGGCUGCCAGGGCCUCGACAGCCGCCCCGCGGACGGUACGAGCCGCGUGAGAUCCGCCACCCGGCCGGGUUGGGCUGAGACCUGUGGGCACUGUGCCCAGGAGGACGUCCCCAGCGCCCGGCUCUUCCGCAGCAUGGAGAACUUGCACUUGUCGGCCCUUUCCGACGCAGGGCUCCACACCUUCGGCGCCACCUGCAGGAGCGUGGACAGCGAGCUCGCCUUCCACUGUGCCGCCGCCAGCGCCGGGUCGCCCGAGGCCUCGAACCCGCUCCGUGUGCCGCUGAGGAGGGACCGGCCUCUUCUGCCUCAGGGGCUUUUCCCCGUUGCGGACGAGAGGACAGCCAGCGGAAGCACGUGGAAGGGAGUGAGAGAAAGGCUCCGCAGCCAAAGCGCCCGGGCGAUCGAGCCAAACAGGCCGCUGAAGCCGCGGGGCACGGCAGCCAAGGCCGCCCCCACGUGGGGGCCCCGUGGGGGGGAAAGGGCCCACACCUGCCCCGCCGGCUGCCGCUUGGCCCGUGGCCCGAGGCUCCUGUCGACGCGUCCCAUCACGAGCCCAGAGGAGAUCAAGCAGGAAGUGAUGAGGAGGCUGCAGCUGCGGCGCCAGAGGAGCUCCCCCAACCUGGCGCUGCCCUCGACCGACCCUCCCGACGGACUCUAUUCGCACUGCAAACCGGAGCGCAGGAGGCCCCCCGUGGGGCGUCUGCACAUCCCCACCUUCGAGGAAUUCAAGAGGAUGCGGCAGAAGGAAGGUGGGGUUGAGGGGGUUAAACAGGAUGGACGGAACGACGGAAAGGGAAACCCUGCGGAGGCGGAGCCGGGACACGCGGAGGGUCCUCCCGCACCCCAGGACGGGGGAACUGGUGUCAGCGAGGACGUCCCAGACGGGCGCUCUGGAGAAAAGAGAGUCGUGGACGACCCCACCGGCUCGGAGGCCACCGUCAGUGAGAGCGGAGGCGCAGACGGUGUCGCCGCCCCCGUGUGCACAAGCCCCGCCCCCAGGUCCUGCCUGGACCCCCAGGCAACGGGCCAAGAAGAGCCUCCCGGGGACCUCACGUGGAGCCCGAACGCAGACACGGCCGGUGUUGGCGCCCCGCACUGGCGCGAGAGCUGCGCUCCGUCGUCCAGCUGCUGCCCGUCUCUCCUGCUGGACGGCGCCAAGAUCUCCAGGAUCCGGGACGGGUUCUUCGGCUCGGCUCUGGACCUCAUCAGGAAGAGCCUGAGCCCCCUGAGCCCUGGGAUGGGGAUUCAGGAAGGGGGGGAGGUGCUGGGCGAGCGCUGCACUGCAGAAGUCGUAGCCGAGGCCUCCGCCAUGCUGUCACGUGAGCGGGACGGCGAUGACGUCACCGCUCCCCGGAUGAGCCGUCAGCCCGCUGCGGUUGCCAUAGCGACUGCGGCCAGUGGUGCGGAGACCGGGGAUGAGCCUUGCGGAGGGGGUGCGGCGACAAACUGUACGCGUCACACCUGUUCCGUGUCGCCUCCCUCCUCCAAUCAGCAGCCCUCCAGCCUGGGCUGCCGGCGGUCCAGCCUGGAUGUGGCGUACGAGGCGGCCGAGUCGGUGAGAGUGCAGCGCGCCUGUCGCCUCCGCCCCCACUUCAGCGACCCGAUGCCCACCGACGGCGCCAAGCGCAAGCAGCUGGAGCUGAAGAUGGCAGCAGCGGCCGCCUUCCUCCAUCGGCAGCAGAGGACUGGGAGCGGCUCUGGCAAGAGCCGCUCGGAGACCACCGUGGGGGCCGAGGAUGUGGCUCUGGGCGUCGUGGCCAAGACGGGGCAGCACCGCUGGAGCAACGUGAGCAGCCUGAGUGCGGACAGCGGGGUGGUGGGGCUCAGCGACGAGCGCGAGGAGGACGAAGUGCACCGGCAGAACCACUCGGCAACUUCCGAGGUGGAACGUGUGGACAGCGGCAUUGGCUCUGGACUGGCCCGGCACUGGGGGCCACCGGGUUCCUCCCUCAGGGCCUGGGAGACCCGGCAACCCUGUCCGGACUGCGGACAGCUCGACCCGGCUGUGGGCGGCAGUCUCUGCGACCGGUGCCUGAAGCUGCGCACGGAGCGCAAGGAGGCCGUCCUGGAGUUCCUCAACACUGAGGCCAGCUACGGUGAGGACCUCCGCAUCAUCAAGGAGGAGUUCUACUGCCCGAUGCGCGGGGCCGGCCUGCUCACCUCCGAGCAGCUGGCCGUGGUCUUUAGCAACGUGCAGGAGCUCAUCGAUGUCAACGAGAAGUUCACCGAGCGCCUUCAGGAUGCCAUCGACCGGGCCUUUGACCAGGGUGAUGAGGAUCUGCUGACGGUGUGCAUUGGCGAGAUCUUCCUGGAGUUCGUCAACAUGCUGCCCGCCUUCCAGACCUACUGCCUACAGCAGUCCAGCUCUGUCAACAUGCUCAACACAUUGGAGAAGGAGAAGGAGCUGCUGAGAAUCUUCUUAGACGUCUCGCAGAAUGACAACACAGCCUUGCGGAGGAUGAACCUGCGUUCCUUCCUGAUGGCGCCGCUGCAGAGAGUGACUAAGUACCCACUACUUCUGAAUCGCAUCAGCAAAGCGACAGCUGAGAGCCACCCGGACAGCGGGAGCCUGCGCGAGGCCAAGCGUCGUGUGGAGUCUCAUCUGGAGCACAUCAACAUGAAGACCAAGCAGGAGGGCGCAGCCUGGUCACUACGUUCCUUCCGCCGGGACAGCCGCAGGAAUCGCGAGGCCGGCACUGUCGAGAUGCGCGAGGUGUCCAUGAAGGCCGUGGGCUGGAUGCGGGAGAGCACUCGUUUUGUGAUGGAAGGUGCCCUCCAGCUGUCGCAACCGGCUGACGGCCAGUGGACCAAGAAGGGAAGCAAGGUUCUCAAGUUCCAGAACGUGCAGAGUGUGCUGAUGGUGCGCACUCGCCGGGCAACAGACGCACCACCUGAGCGUGGGAUUCAGGGCAGGGACCCUCCAGAGCCUGUGCAUGAUGGUGUGCUGGUACUCAUCAAGGACAAGAGCAGCGGCAAGUUCGCCGUCCUGCGGGAACCCAUUCGACUGGGAAACUGCGUGGUGUCGGUUGACCCCGAUUGUGACGAUACCUUCGAGCUUCUGGACAUCCCUCGUGAGGCCUUUGUUUUCCGGGCCGCCGACAAGUCCCGCACACAGCAGUGGUUCCACCAGAUCAAGAGAUACUCGUGUGACCUGGGGCCCUGGAGAAAGAGGCGCAAUGCCCUCCCCAACAUCAUGAUCAACACAAACCAGAACCGGUCCUGAUACUGGACCCUGAGGA